GACAGGUGUGUGCACAGGUGUGUGUUUGAGGUGCACUAGUUAACUGCUGGUCGCCCUGCCGAGCGGACACUAACCAGAACGGACAGCAACUUUUUUUGUUUUACUAAAUCAUCUUUGCUUUUAUAUCGCGGUUUGUUGUAGGUGAUUCAAACAUGAAUGCGACUGAAUUUCAUCUGCCUCUGACUGAGUAUGAUUUCGAGCGUCACUUUGAUGAGAGGUUUGCUAUUGAAUGGAUGCAGGACAACUGGAAAACGUCGUUUUUGUUUGGUGCUGUGUAUGUAGUUCUGGUGUUUGGUGGGCAGCACUUCAUGAAGGAAAGACAAAAACUUGAUCUACGUAGAGUGUUAAUGCUGUGGUCCCUCAGUUUGGCCAUCUUCAGUAUCAUUGGAGCGGUGAGAACCGGGUGCUACAUGUUGUACGUUCUCAGAACCAGUGGUUUUAAACAGUCUGUUUGUGAUCAGAGCUUCUACUAUGGGCCGAUAAGCAAGUUCUGGGCUUGUGCCUUUGUGCUAAGCAAGGCCCCUGAGCUAGGGGACACCAUGUUCAUCGUCUUGCGCAAGCAGCGGCUGAUCUUUCUGCAUUGGUAUCAUCACAUUACUGUGCUGGUAUACUCCUGGUAUUCCUACAAAGACCAGGUCGCUGGUGGUGGCUGGUUCAUGACCAUGAAUUACACAGUGCACGCUCUCAUGUACAGCUACUACACGGCUCGAGCUGCUGGACUCCGUGUGCCGAAACCCUGUGCCAUCAUCAUCACUUCCUCUCAGAUUGCUCAGAUGGCCAUGGGACUGGCAGUAAGUGCGCUAGUGUACCAAUGGAUGCAGGAUGGGGAUUGCCCUUCUUACAUAGAUAACAUAGUGUGGGCUUCACUCAUGUAUCUCAGCUAUCUGCUCCUCUUCUCUUCUUUCUUUUAUAAGUCUUACGUGAAGGGUUCGAAACCCACAGGCAUCAAAACUGAGUGAUAUGCAGCCCUGAGGUUUGAAUAUGAGAUCUUAUUUCUGAUGUUUACCUUUAUUAAAAUACAUAUUAUUCAUUUCAUGUUUUAAAGCAAGGUGAACAAUGAAGAUGUAUAUAUUUUCAAACAACAGCCAGACUGUAAAAGCUAUGUGAAAAGGACAAUAGACUAGGGCAGUUAUUCGUAUAUUAUUUUGUAGUUGGUAGUAGCUGAGCAAAGUGCAUCAAAUACAACUCUUGAGCUUGCUGUUGAGAAUUUAAACAGUUUUACGGGCCACAGUUUCUAAUCUUGAAAAGUCCAUGUUUGUUUACUCUUUGCAGACUUGAUAACAUGGCCUGAACCCAGCUGAAACAUAUGGUGUAUGUUGUAGCGAGAGCCAAGAUCCUUGUAGUCUGUGCUUGUAGUCAAAGAACAAGUGAGCAAUUUGUGAAAAGCUUUCUAAUCUAAAUGUACAACUUGACAUGUUUUAAUUUGGCCACCCUUUCUAAAAUUCAUCCAUUCUGUACAUGCUCUUCUGGGUGUGUUUUUAUUGCUGGAUACUUGUUCAGUGUUUUAACCUCAUGAUGUCACAGAAACUUGAAUUAUCUGUGCUGACUGGUUGGACAGGUUCCCAGACAUUUAAAUGGGCCAUUUUUGGCUGGAAUUCUCUAGAAGAAUGACACCCAUGUUCUCGCUCUCAUUCCUUACAUGUUUUUGUCAUGAGUUCACUGCAGCUCUGAAAUUAGAUUAUAAAACCUGCUGAGGAACGAUUGAUAUUCUCUCCUUCACCUUUAAAUAACACAUGGGUAGAGUUGGACUGAAAUGGUUCCUUGACAGAACAGUUAACCUUUCCCUGUAUACUAUAUUCCUGUUACUCGAGUCAUUAGUAAAAUGCACAGUUGUGUUCAUAUUUAUCUUGUAUAUCACACAGUCACAUUUUUGUGACAAUUCAUUUUCUGGUUGUGGGGAUAUUUAUUUUUCCACUGAAAUGACUAUGAUAAGGUUUCCAUCUUGAUCUUUUAAUAAAUGUUGUAUUAGCCUGUGUGAUAGUGGAGAAGUCCUUUGAGAAUAUUCAGUGGAAUUAUACACUCUAACUUGGUAUCAUCUGAAAUGUUGCUGCUACCGUCCAAGAUUUUUGUUGUUGUCUGUCCUCUGGUCUCACCUAUCUGUUCCUGUUCAAGACUGUGAAAAACUUUGUCUACGUUUGCGUAAGGAUAUUUUGAUUAAGAGAUUUUAUGACUUUGUCUUAAAAUAUGUUGGAGAUGGAGGCCAAAUAAUUACUUUGUUUUAUUAACAGCAAAGUUGAAUGUAGUGGUACUAGCCUACAUUACAAGGCAUAGUAUACAACUUCUGUAUUUUAAAAAAGAAGAAUGUAAUGCAAUAAAGGUGCCGAAUGUAAAUAUUUAUCUUUCCUACCUGAACACCUGUACAAGUUCUUAGAAAUUAUGAUUAUUUAUUUUUGUCAUUAAAUAAAACUGUUUCUGUAGUUUGUGU